UGUUAUUGGUGUGACUGGUGAUGACGUAGCACUGGGCGACGCUCGCGCCUCGCUGUGACCAAACUAAAGAUGGCGGACGUGUCGGGGACCGAGCUGUCAGAACAGAAAGAAGUGGAGAUUGAUCUGAAAAGAAAGCAGGACAGACGGUGGGAAUGCGCGCAGAGGUCAGGGAAGGCCGGCGUUACCCCGGAGCUGCCGGAAACGCUGGGCUUUUACGACAUUAGCUCCGUCAGGAGGGAACAGCGGGGGCUCUCAGCAGAUCCAUCGUUGACUCGCUUCAUUUGUGCAGAACUCACCAGAGGUUACUUCCUGGAGCACAAUGAAGCAAAGUAUAAAGAGCGCAGGGAGAGAGUGUACACGUGCAUGCGCAUUCCCAAGGAGCUGGAAAAGCUGAUGAUCUUCGGUUUCUUCCUGUGUGCCGAUGCCUUCCUGUACGUCUUCACUCUGCUGCCCCUCCGGGUGCUGCUGGCUCUGCUGCGCAUGCUCACCCUGCCCUGCUGUGGCUUCAGGGUGCACACAUGCCCCUUCUGCCAAAGGAGCAGUGGGUCACAGCUACUGCAGCCGGCUCAGGUGUGUGACAUGCUGAAGGGUCUGAUCCUGCUGCUGUGUUUCUCCAUGAUGCACUACGUGGAUUACUCCAUGAUGUAUCACCUGAUCCGAGGACAGUCUGUUAUCAAACUCUACAUCAUCUACAACAUGUUGGAGGUAGCAGAUCGCCUUUUCUCCUCUUUUGGUCAGGACAUCUUGGAUGCCCUGUACUGGACCGCCACAGAACCCAAAGAACGGAAAAGAGACAAUAUAGGACUUAUCCCUCACUUUUUAAUGGCAGUCUUUUAUGUCUUUCUACACUCCAUCCUCAUCAUGGUCCAAGCCUCCACACUCAACGUGGCCUUCAACUCCCACAACAAGUCUCUGCUCACCAUCAUGAUGUCCAACAAUUUUGUUGAAAUUAAAGGCAGCGUGUUCAAGAAGUUUGAGAAGAACAACUUAUUCCAGAUGUCCAACAGUGAUAUCAAAGAGAGGUUCACCAGCUAUGUUCUCUUGCUCAUCGUUUGUCUCAGGAACAUGGAGCAGUUUUCCUGGAAUCCAGAACACCUGUGGGUGUUGCUUCCUGAUGUCUUUAUGGUGGUCUACUCAGAGGUUGCUGUGGACAUCAUUAAACACGCUUUCAUCACAAAGUUCAAUGACAUCCCUGCAGACGUCUACAGUGAAUACAGAGCCAGUCUGGCUUUUGAUCUGGUCAGCAGUCGACAGAAGAACGCUUACACUGACUACAGUGACUCUGUCGCUCGCAGGAUGGGCUUCAUCCCUCUGCCGCUGGCUGUUCUGCUCAUCCGGGUGGUGAUGAGCUCAGUGAAGGUGCAGGGCGCCAUGUCAUACUCGUGUGUGUUCCUCUUUUACCUCGGGCUGGUGACAAUGAAAGUGUUGAACAGCAUCGUGCUGCUGGGGAAGUCGUGUGUUUAUGUCAAAAGAGCCAAAAUGGAAGAAAAACUGUUUGAGAGACCCCCCACUGCACCCUCCGCUUCUGCAAAGAGCCCCAGCAGAGCUGACGUGGCCAGGUGCCCCAAAGCUUCAGGGGAGUUUAAGACCACGCAGAUUGUCGCUGCGCCCUGUACCCCCCCAUGCUCCUCUUCCUCCUCCGUGACCACCCAGCCAGCUCCCAGGACUGAACUGUUCCCUCCCCCCCUCACCCCUGCUAACCCUGCCAGCCGCCCAUCCUUCGCCCCACCUGAACCAGAACCAGAACAGCCUGAACCGGUGCUCUCAAAGGAAGAGGACCAUGCAGCUCAUGAUGCUGAGGAACUGCAGCCCAGAUCUCCAGAAAAUGACCUGCUGGAGAUCGAUCGCUUCACCAUCUGUGGUAACCGCAUCGACUGAGCUGCAGCUGCUGCAGUUGCAAAGGGCAAAGCUCUCAGGAAAGACAGCAGACCGGCCGCUCCCUCAGCCUGUGGCCCUGCGGUCACCCCUGGGGUUACCGUGAACAUGUGGAGCCACACACACCUGGAGUCGACGCCUUCCUCAAAACGGAGCAGCGCUUCAGGAAGUGUGAACAGCACCUGGCCUAUGUUCAUACAGACCCUGUUCUCUUGGGACCUGCUCAGACAGUAAAAUCACCAAAAACUGCAGCUCACAUCUCUGCAGGACUUAACCCUUUAGCUUUGUGACAGAGGAAGAGGAUUUCCUUUGUGGGAGUCUGAAGUAGAGUCGGACACUCUGCAGAUCAUCCGUGUAACAUACACAUGCUGCUUUUCCUAAUUCUCUUCAGUUUGGGGUGCAGACACGUCUCUGCUCCGUGCAGGUCUGCUCACUGCCGUGUUCGUCUUUGUGCAGCUAAUCUUUUUUGCUCCAGUGCCAGUCGACGGUGAAUCCUUACUUGAAGAAACUCAGCUGUUUGGUUCAGUCACUUCAUGAAGAAGCUGAGCUGUUCUUCAUCCUGCAGACUCUGUUCCAGCCUGUCCUGCCAGCUGCUUCCACAGCCCAUGGAACUCUUUCUUGAUCCUUUCUUUUUGGUCCCUUUAUAUCUUUAUUUUUAACAAACUAUCUGCCUGCCCCCCUGAAAUGCAGGCUCUAGCUGGAACAGGGUUAUGGCUGAACGGGACGCCUCCAGCAGGACAGGUGUGAUCAGAAAGCUGCUCUCAGGUCCCGUUUGUUGGUCUGGCAUGUUGGCACUGAUGACCAUGACGAGUGUAAAAACUCCUGCCUCCCCGUCAGUGUGACCCGAGCUCUGAUGUUUGCACCUUAGGAUGAUCAAUAUGUCUACAGCUUCUCUGCAUGUGGGCUUCACUGAAUGACUGACGGCUGACAAAGAUUUCUCUCCAUUGAAAUGGUAAAUAUAAUAUAUACAGCAUCAACAAGAGCAUUAGUUCCAUUGAGUCUCACUGGUUGUACAUAACUGCAAGAUUGUAUACAAUUAAUGAAUAUGCCUUUAAUUAGAUUUUUUUUAUUUCAUUUAUUUGUGUUGAGACUCAGCUUUCAUUUGAUCCAUGUCUGUUCACAAAAGUUUGGAAGUUAAUAUGAAUAAAAAUCUUUUGUAGUUUUGUCAAAUCAGCCAAAGAUUUCUUUGCCAAACAGACUUCAAUCUGGUACUGUUUACUUUCUUUAUUUGUUUAGCAAAGCAGAACGGUACUUUAUUGAAUAAAAAACGGUAAUAAAGAACAUUUCAUGAAUGUUUUGGGUGUAGCAAUAUGUUGAGAAGUUUCCAUCUGUGUGGAUUGUAGUUUGAGCAGUUAUUGUUCAUGACCAAUGGAAUGAGGUUCUGUUUUUCCUGUGUGAGUUGUGGACCUUGUUCUUUACUGUCUCCUCUUUCUGGGACAGACCUGAGUCGACUUGAGUUUGCUUCAGGCCUGAAGUUUAGCUGAUAAAGACGAGUCUUUCACGGCUGCUUCCUGUCUGUGUUCAAUUCAAAUUUUAGAUUUCACUUCCAGUGUAUAAUCUUGCCUUCUGAAAAAUUAAAGUUUGUUUUUAAGUGUU